UCAGCUCGCGCUGCACUUCCUGGUUUGGGGAUUUCUACACAGACGACGGUCCGGGAUCAAAAAGCUGCCCGUCUGCCUCGUCCUGCCGCCCAGAGAGACUUUUUCCAGCCCAAAAACUGCUCGUCCACCUUUUAGCUCCUCACCUUGAACUCCCUCCCACUCAAUCGUCUGCGGCUGCGUCUCCUCUCCUCACUCAACGUUCUCUAGACCGCAGGGCCCAUGGCGUUCAGGAAGGCCCUGAGACGGACCGCCAUCGUGGGCGGCGGCACGGUGGCCGCAGCCUUCGGCGUGUCCCAGCUGAUGGAGUACAGGAGGGCGCAGCCCGGAUUGGCCCACGUUUCGGCGGAGGCGGAGCUGAAGGUCCCGUACGCGGACGAGCUUCCUACUCGGGCGGCGCAGCUGGCGGCGCUCAGUGACACCGAGGAGUUUGAUGUCCUGGUAGUUGGAGGUGGAGCCACGGGUGCAGGGUGCGCCCUGGACGCCGUCACACGCAACCUCAAGACCGCUCUAGUAGAGAGGAGCGAUUUUUCUUCAGGCACGAGCAGCCGGAGUACCAAACUCAUCCACGGCGGUGUGCGGUAUCUCCAGAAGGCCAUCAUGAAGCUGGACUACGAGCAGUACAUGAUGGUGAAAGAGGCCCUGCACGAGCGAGCCAACCUGCUGGAGAUCGCCCCUCACCUGUCGGCUCCCCUGCCCAUAAUGCUCCCCGUUUACAAAUGGUGGCAGCUGCCCUACUACUGGGCAGGUAUCAAGAUGUACGACCUGGUUGCUGGGAUCCAUUGCCUGAAGAGCAGCUACAUCCUCAGCAAGUCCAAAGCCUUGGAGCUGUUCCCCAUGCUGAAGAAAGACAAGCUGGUGGGAGCCAUCGUCUACUACGACGGGCAGCACAACGACGCCCGCAUGAACCUGGCUAUCGCUCUGUCCGCGGCCCGCUACGGCGCCGCUGUGGCCAACUACACGGAGGUGGUUCAUCUGCUGAAGAGCAAAGACCCUCAGACCGGCAGGGAGGCGGUGUGUGGAGCUCGCUGCCGGGACGUCAUCACAGGGAGGGAGUUUGACGUGAAGGCAAAGUGUGUGAUCAACGCCACCGGACCCUUCACCGACUCCCUGAGGAAGAUGGACAACCAGGAGACGGCCAACAUCUGCCAGCCCAGCGCGGGCGUUCACAUCGUCAUCCCAGGAUACUACAGCCCUGACAACAUGGGUCUUCUUGACCCCGCCACGAGCGACGGCCGCGUCAUCUUCUUCCUGCCCUGGGAGAAAAUGACCAUUGCGGGAACCACGGAUAGCCCCACCAAAGUGACAGCGCACCCCAUCCCAGGAGAGGACGACAUCAACUUUAUCCUGACGGAGGUCCGAAACUACCUGAGCCCUGAUGUUGAAGUGCGCCGGGGGGACGUGCUAGCGGCGUGGAGCGGCAUCCGGCCCCUGGUGACCGACCCCAACUCCAAAGACACCCAGUCAAUCUGCAGGAACCACAUUGUCAGCAUCAGCGACAGCGGGCUGGUCACCAUCGCAGGUGGGAAGUGGACAACCUACAGGUCCAUGGCGGAGGAGACGCUGGACGCAGCCAUCAAGGCCCACGGCCUCAUAGCCGAGCCUUGCAAGACGGUGGGGCUGAUGCUGGAGGGGGGGAAGGGAUGGGCGCCAACCCUCUACAUCCGGCUGGUGCAGGACUACGGUCUGGAGCAAGAGGUCGCUCAGCACCUGGCGUCCACAUACGGCGCAAAAGCAUUCGAUGUGGCCAAGAUGGCUCAAGUGACCGGGCAGCGCUGGCCCAUUGUGGGGAAGAGGCUUGUGUCCGAGUUCCCAUACAUCGAGGCGGAGGUUCUCUACGCAAUCAAGGAGUACGCCUGCACGGCCAUCGACGUCAUUGCUCGCCGCACCCGCUUGGGCUUCCUGAACGUGCAGGCGGCCGACGAGGCCCUCCCAUGCAUCGUGCAGAUCAUGGCCAAAGAGCUGGGCUGGAGUCAGGAGAAGAAGACGGAGGAGCUGGAUGCAGCGAAGAAGUUUCUGUACCACGAGAUGGGCUACAGGUCUCGGUCCGAGCAGCUCACCAAGACCUCCGAGAUCAACCUGGACUACCAGGAAGUGGUCAGAUACAAGAAGCGCUUCCACAAGUUUGAUAAGGAGAGCAAAGGUUUCAUCACCACCGUGGAUGUGCAGCGGGUCCUCGAGAGCAUCAAUGUCCACAUUGGUGAAAACGCUCUCCAUGAAAUCCUUAACGAGGUGGACCUCAACAAGAACGGACAGGUGGAGAUUGACGAGUUCCUGCAGCUGAUGAGCGCCGUGAAGAAGGGCCAGGUGUCCGACAGUCGCCUCGCCAUCCUCAUGAAAACGGCAGAGGAGACGCUGGAGACCAGAGGGCCGGUGUCGGUGGACCGCAGCGGGGGCGGAGUCUGAGAUGAGGGGGGAAAAAAACAAAAAGAAAUAUGCAAAUGGCCUAUUAGAAGGACAAUACUGCAAUCAGGCUCGUCCACAAAUCAAGCUCACUCCUCGCCGCCGCGUUUGAGGUAAAAAACCGGCAGAAAAUUAUUCAAGUCAGAGAGUAAAUGUUUAUGUUUGACAAAUGUUUUCAGAACACAUCCUUAGUUUUUAACAAAAUCAGCUCUGAUUGUUGUGUAAAUAUUCUCUCCAAAGGCUGAUUGAGCUUUCUUUGUCCUUAUUUUUUAUUAACAUCUUUUAUUUUCGCAGAAAUCGCAACUCUUGAAUUAAGAAAGCAUGUGUCAGCCGUUUCCUGGAAAUAGUCUGUACCGUUUUGAAAAACUCCGUUAACUCCUACGGUGGAGAAAACAGGAAUGUGCCAAAACAGCCGGAGGUUUGAAGCGGACCGUUGGAGCUCAUCUCCACCCGAGAGUCUGCGUUUACGGCAAAUGUCGGAUUUGUUAAAACGAAUUUUAGCGUUUUCCGUUCAGUGUCUCAGUUUAAAUCGUUCAGCUGUUUUUGAUUUCCUCGUCUUUUGCGCCGUUUUUUUUCACUUCCUGUACUUCAGGACAUACACUAGUUAGAUUCGUCAACUAUUUAACAGUUUUGGUUGUUCUGACCAAUAGGGGGCGUUGUGGACUUACUGGAUUUUUAUUAGAGGUGUCUCGCUUUGUCGUUUUUUCACUCGUUUAACAUACUUAAGUUCUAAAAGUGCUUGUUAAAGCAAAGUAGGCAAAGUGCUAACUCCUACGGCCUGCUAGCUACAAUUCCAUGCAAGGAGGCGGAGCUCAGGCGUCAGUAAACCACUCCAACUUGGAAACCAGAGGUAACCACAGAGGUGCUAAAAUCAAAGCCAAAGUGCGCCACCUAGUGGAAAAUUUGAAUGUAGCUGCUCUGAGUCUAAGCUAACGGACAAAGCGACUCCAAUGUUUUAGCUCCUGCCGACUCGAUAAAAACUAACUACACUGUUGACGUCCUAAACUAGCAUCUUUUGCACAGAAAUGUAAACCUGUCCUUCAACUCUGGUUCCUAGUUGUAAAAAAAAAGCACUUUUUGAGUUAAAAAAAAAUGUGUAUUUUUGUAUUUAAAAAAAAAACUUUUUUUUUAAACCAUAAAAGUAUGUAUCUAUAGUAACCAUUAGUGUUAAGAGUGACAAACUUCUAUCGUCUUAAGGCCGUGUACAUUUUCCACCGAUUAAAUUUUGUUUUUUGUGAUACAUGCAUGAAAUUAAUUUGUCAAUGUGCACAGAUGUCUGUCGAGGGGUUUGACUGACGGGUUUUCAGCUGUUCAAAAAUUUUGGUCGGUUGAGAAUUAUGCUGUUUACGCGUUUUUUAUGUAGUUUAUGCGCAAUUAUUACGUCACUCAUACAUAAUUGUGUGAUUUUUGGCAAGAUGCAUGUGCAAAUGGGUGUCUUUCCACCACCGUUCGACGUUUGUUUAAUGGAGUUUUCACGCAUGAACCACUGAUGUAUAACUUUUAUAUUUCGUAUAUGACACACAUAUCACGGUAAAUUUUACGGAAUUGACGCACAAAUGACUAAUGUAUUGCAUAUAAACGGCACAAAAAUCACGCACGGUUCAUGUUCUACUUUUAUUUACGUGUUCUUUGCAUGGUUUAUUUGUACUUUGUGGUUUUAACAUUGUUAAUUUGCGAAACAUCUGUGAAAAUUUCACGUAAAGUUGAAAUGGCUUUUCUUGGCAUAGGCCUAAAGGAGCAACACAAUGAAAAGAAUAAAAAACAAAGUAAGCUAAAAUAAUUUAAAUAUUUGUUCUAACCUGUAAAUUUGAGAUUGGUUUAGUUUAUUUAUCGUAACUUUAUUUCAGUAAAAGUAAGUGACCAACAUUUUCUAGUACAAACAUUAAAAUGCAAACUGAAACGCUGGUUGCUAAGGAAAAUAAAAAACUUACUUUCAGUUAGAAACACAAAACUUUCUGUACUUAUUUCUUCGCCUGAGAAAUGCAAAAAACUCUAAGGUUGCUAUGGACUUCAGGCCUCAUGAAAGCUGCCAUUUUGAAUCCAAGCGUGACCAUUUUUCCGAUUAAAACCGACGUAAAUGAAUUUUCUUUAACAAUUUCCGUUUCCCGAUCUCAAUCAGUGUUUUGUUUCAAGCCGCUGGAGUCAAAUGCGACCGAAUGACUAUUUUAUUGUUGCUUCUGAUAAGAACACAUAAAGUUUAUUACCCAAGAAAAGCUGGAGGAAAGAGGGAAUUUAUUGUUCUAAUCUCUAACCGGCCAAGGAAGCGGAUGUUCACGAACGAGUCAAGUGAUCAGGACUUGGGUCUUGGAGAAACCGCUUGAAUGCAGCUGAUGGAUGAGCGACAAUGCUUAGUUGUGGGUCUGUGUUCGCCUGCAGCCGACACUGACGUUCACAAGACUUCAACGCCACACUGGGUUGUUUUUGUAUCCAUUUUUAUUAUUGCUCUGCGUCUAUUUGUAGCUCGCUUAGACGUCAUCCGCCUGCAUAUAAAAUUUAAAAAAAGCAGGUAUUUCGGUAUAUGUUGAGUUUUUUUUUUUUGCUGACUUCUGGGCUGGAAUCCUGCAUGAGAGCUGCUGUAAACAUAUGAAUGUAUAAUUUCUGCCUUCAGCUUUUUAAACAUUUAAAAGUUGUUUUAAGGGAUAUUUUCUGCUCAUGCGGUAAUUGUAUUUCUAUUUAUGACAUAAUUAAUUCAAAUAUACGCUUUUUAAUACAUUUUUGCAGUAUCUUGUCUAAAUGUUUAAAUAAAAAAAUUCUGAAAACUA